AUGAGGAACCAGAAGUAUGAAGAGAGAGAUCCAGAGAAACUCCUGCAGUCCAACAGAGAAUUGAUUGUGAAACUUGCUGAAGUGGCUUUCAAUCAGCUGAUGAAGGGCAAUGCGAUGUUCUAUGAGGAGGACCUGAUUGAGAGCGGCAUAGACAUCACUGACGCCUCAGUGUAUUCUGGGAUUUGCACUGAGAUCUUUAAGCAGGAAUCUGUGAUUCAUCAGAAGAAAGUCUACAGCUUCAUUCAUCUGAGUGUUCAGGAGUUUCUCGCUGCUUUCUAUGUGUUUUACUUUCAUGUGAGUACAACUAUGCAGGGACUGAGGAAUUUUGCUUUAGUACAACAUUUGCUCAAAGUUGCAGUAGAGCAAGCCCUUGAGACUUCAGCUCUGAGUUCAAACCCCUCACACCUGAGAGAGCUGGAUCUGAGCUACAAUCACCCAGGACCAUCAGGAGUCCAGCUGCUCAAACUCAAACUGGAGGAUCCCAACUGCUCACUGCAGAUACUCAAUUUGGACCACAGAGAACCUUUCAGAAUCACACCUGGACUGAGGAAAUAUGCAUGUGCUCUCACACUGGAUCCAAACACAGCACACACUCAACUCAUCCUGUCUGAGGAUAACAGAAGGAUGGCACAUGUGAAAGAGCCACAGCUGUAUCCUGAUCAUCCAGACAGAUUUGAGCUCUAUGAGCAGGUUCUGUGUCGAGAGAGUCUGACUGGACGCUGUUACUGGGAGGCUGAGCGGAGCGGGAUGGCAGCUGAUGUUGCAGUGACAUAUAAAGGAAUCAAGAGGAAAGCAGGGAGUAAUUGUUGGUUUGGAUACAGUGACAAAACCUGGAGUCUGUACUGCUCUGCUAAUGAAUUCACUGUCUGGCACAAUAAUAUGAGCAAGAAUAUACCAGUCCUUUCAUCCUCUAAGAGAGUAGGAGUGUAUCUGGACUGGUCAGUCGGCACUCUGUCCUUCUACAGCGUCUCUGACACACACACACUCACACACUUACACACAUUCAACACCACAUUCACUGAACCCCUCUAUGCUGGAUUCAAGGUUUAUGAUUCUGAAUUGUCUCUGUGUCAGACUGAACAAACUGCUGCAAGAAACAACUGAGACAUCGCAAACAACAGAGAUGAGCACAAACAUUUACAAAUACUUGCUCAUCAAAAGUAUCAAAAUGCAGUACAAAAUACUGGCAUGAUAAUAUAUUUGAUUAAAGGGGUCAUAUGAUG